GUAUGCUGAAUCUCAAGCCUCUAUAGUUCUCGAGAUCUCUACGUUCAUACGGACAGACAGACAGCCGGAUGGACAUUCCCAAAUCGAAUAUACUUUAUAUGGUCAGAAACGCUUUCUUCGGCCUGUACUUUCAACGAAUCUAGUACUUAACUACAUUAGACAUUAAAGUAAUUACUCUAGUGUCUUUGGCUGAAUAGUACCUUUUUGUGGCCAAAGCUAAUACCUUCCAAACUUAGAAAGAUAUUUAGUUUGUGCUUUUUUGUAUUGGGUUACAGGGACAACCACAAGAAAUUCAACAUUUCAAAAUCUUAAUCACAUAGUACUAACCAGUCCGUUUCGAUUCCAUCAUUACUUGUCAAAUAAAAACUUUUCUUUCCAUUCCUUUCCUUUUCUUUUUUAUUAAUUUAAAAGCGACAGGACCACGUGAUCACGACACUCCUGAACAGCUGAUAUCUUAACCGUACGGGGCUUUUUUUAAAUUUCUGGUACACAACACUAAAGUCGAAUCUUAUACUAACAUAAUGAUGUCAAAAAUCAAUGCUUAGCAUUACGGACUUAUGAAUAAUGGCUUUUUGGCCACAAAAGGGUACCAUCCAGCCUACAGUGCAUCAGAUACCUGUUACUCAGGUAGUGGAAAGGCGAACGAGAAGUUUGGGAAUAACGUUUUGGGCGAUUUGUAGCCAAUAGAACGGCGUGGCAACAUUAAUUUUGUACAACUGAUUAAGCUUAGCCUUUAUAUGAGCCGAAUUUCAAAAAAGUAUUUAUUAAAAUAGAGAAUAUUUUUAUGAGAUAAAAUAACAAUGAGGAGGCACGAAAAACUCAUUUAACUUAUGAGCCCAUAUAUUGGGACGAAUAAAUAAAACCAAAUUAUUCUAACUGGCAACACACAGCAGUUAGGAAAUAUCCGACCAUAUAAAGUAUAUACAUUUUUGAUCAGAAUCAUUAGCCGAGUCGAUCUGGCUAUGUCCGUCUGUCCGUAUGACCGUCGAGAUCUUAAAAACUAUAAAAACUAGAAGGUUGAGAUUAGACAUACGGAUUCUAAAAACAUUGACGCAGCGCAAGUUUGUUGCCACGCCAACUCCAACAAAGAAUGAGAAAAAAUGGGCGGUUUGUGGGUGCUAGAGUGGGCGAGGCAAAAUUUUUUUUUAGAAAAUCCAUAGAAAUUUAAAAGACUAAUACAAAUUUGAAAAAAUAUCAAAACAUUUUUCAAAUGUGUGGGCAUAACAGGUUUGGUCGGUCUGUGGGCGUGGAAAUAUGGGUCAGCAAACUUGUGCUGCGUCUAUGUUUUUAGAAUCCGUAUUCUUAUUCAUAACCUUUAGCUUUUAAAGUUCCUGAGAUCUCGAGGUGGAUACGGACGGACAGACAGCCAGACAGGGCUGGAUCGACUCAGCUAUUGAUCCUGAUAUAGAAUAUGAUAUGAUAUGGUCAGAAAUGCUUCCUUCUACAUACUGAUACAUACUUUAAAUGACUCUAGUAUACGCCUUCAACGGGUAUAACCAUGUUUUGAUUUCCUCGUUUUAUUGUUUGUCUUGCCAAUUUCUAUGGGUAUACGAAUACACCUUGGCCACGCCCUCCUUACACCUAAAAAACGGUUACGCACACAAUUUUGAAAACAAUAUCGGUGGAUAUCCCUGAAAAAUUAUGAAAUGUCGCAUAUAUCGCAUAUCGACUGAGUUAGUGGUAUCUGAUAGUCGGGGACCCCGACUAGUGCAUUCUCUUUUGGUUUCUUCAUAUUCUAUAGCCCACUAUGAAAAUAAAUAGAUAAUGUCAAUAUUUAUCAUUGCAUAGUAAUAUUGUUUGAUUAUUUAUGUAACAAAAAUGAAAAAAUAACAUGAAAACAAUUUAAUGAACAGAAUAAAAAAUCUAGUUUAGUGACUUACAUACGUUAUAAAACCAAAUAUAUCUGUUUGAUUGUUGUUUAGGCAAAACAACUAAACGCAUUAGUAAUAAAUUAUAGCUCCUCGUUUACUUAUCUAAUACUCACCAAAUUAUAACAGCGGUGGCUUCAUCUAGGGGCACCUGUGUGUAUGCUAACCACUUGAGGUCUAACAUCAAGCAAAGUGCUUGUCGUACAACCCUCUUUCAGUUUGAGCCAUCAAAAGGCAACAAUAACAACUGAGACUUUUUCAAAGAACGCUAUAAAAGCGAACGCGGGCUAUCCGCUUUUAGUCAUAAAGUAGCCGCCAACAGCAUGCUGAGAACUAUAUCGAUUUGUGUGCUCAUCGUCUUCAGUGGGGCCAUCAUGGCAGAAGGAAAACCUUUCCUUAUUAAGGUUUUCGCUCCCAGCGGCUACUCCAGUGCCAGUUACCAGAAUGCAGUGGGAGCAUCGCCUGUCACCAGUCAGCUUAUCUCUAGUCUUAUCUCAUCAAAAAUUCAACUGUUGAACAGCGUGCUACAGACCAAGUCUUCUUCCGGGGGCUUCCGCAUUGGUUUCAAUAAGUCUGUAAAUUUCUUUGGCCCCACUAGCGCCACGAGCACCACCGAAAAGCCUGUGACGCACCAUACCACCGAGGUAAACACAGACUUUACUCCGGAUGAAUCUAGUAGGACUACUCAACUUUUUUACUCGACAACAACAGAAAGUUCUGUCGAAACGCCGAUCCCCACAAUACAUCCCGAGCCACCAGCCAGUACCACUCCAGUGAUCACAAUAGAGAGCACCACAUCCGUAACACAACCACCCACCUUGACGACAGCGAAAUCUGGAUACUCCUAUCGCACCCCCACUACCCUCACCCAUUAGUUCGGUGAAAAUCAAUUUUUUGUCAACUCAAAUAACGUAGCCCUAGCAAUGUUCGCAAAUGAGUAAACUUCCAUAAUUAAGUAACUAAUUUGCGAUGAAUUGGGAGAACUGUUUCUUAAGAUAAUCCAGGUAUAGAUAACGCGGAAGCUAUUCAAAGCUUGUCGCACAUUGUUCAUUUUCACAUCAGAGAGCUCUGUGCGAUUGUUGUCUGACAAGUCAUGGGAAUUAUUAGCAUAGAAACAGGUUUUUGGAGAAUUAUGUGGGCUACAAGGCAAGUAUUAAAUGUUUUAUUAACCACUUUUCAAGUUUUACAGGCAGAUUCUAGCUCGCGUUCCAAGUCGCAUCUGCAAAUAACUUGGUUCAAGGCAAUCGAUUUUAUAUUAUUUGGGCACAACAAUCAAUUUCUCAGAUCAGUAUGCUAUUGAAUAUUUUACAGUGUAUGGCAAGUUAGUAUCCAUUAACGCAUUACUUAUUUACAUAUUAACUAAUAUAUUCAUGAUUUAAAUUUAAAAAA